GUUCUACAACUUUGUCACCUGGCAUCAACUGCAACUAUCACAUGUUGAACUUGUGAACAAAGGUUCGGAACACUUCUGAAGGUAACCCUGUUUUUAAGGAAAUUCCAUAGACUACUACAGUUGGAGGUUCUGUAACAUUUGAUAUACUACAAGCCAACAAAUUCAGAUGCUAUACAGUGUUUUUCUAGUUGCCAUCCAUCUUCUGUUCUUAUUUAGAACCUCAAAGUCGCUUUUUGAAGAACCUGAGCUCGUAAAAAGCCGAACUUACCCGACAACUGCAUCUCCAUCCUUGAAGUCAGCUCUCAAUCCCAUCACAAACUGACGCCAUUGUGUAGUAUUUGUACGUAUCAGUGGCUUAUAUCGGUCGUCUUCUAAAUUUAGAAAUAUCGCAUCCAAUAUCAGGUGCCCGAGAGAACACCUACAGAGCAGCCGUUGACAUGGGAGAAGAAAAACCCCAGUCAAAAGGGGAAGGACAUGGCCAGAGCAAAGGAAAGGGUAAAGAAACUGCGAAAGAAUCAUCUUCAGACUUGAGCGCCGGAGGAACAGGUCAAUAUGGAGCAACUGCGGAUGACAGCCAACGGACGACCGGAACCAUGGUGUCUCGCAUCGCAAACUCGGCAUCAUCUCUCACAAAUAGCUUGAUAUCAAAUCCAUCUAACGCAAACCACAUCGGGCAGGUUUUACCUACGAGGAAAACGCAGUCUUCAAGUGAUGGUUUUCAACUAUCCGCCGGCGAGACGUCGAGCUACGUACCUCAAGCAGCCCCGAAUGUACCUGGCAACACCUUCAAGUCUACGUAUGUGGAGGACUACAUCACGCAAGAGGAGGCAUCGUUUUCGGCAUUUCUGGAUGAGAGAAGCGAUUUGGAACCUACGCACUCAAGCGCAGCUCAUCAGGAACUUGCUGCGAUCGCCGUGAAUCGCACCUCACAGGCGUCAUACGCAGGACCCAGUACAGAUUUCUCGAGGACAGAUGGCAUGGAAGUAGUCAAGCUUCUAGACACCGGGUACGAUGAAGUCAUGCAACAAGAGCCAGAGCUGCCUUUGAGCGCAGCGCAAGCAAGCUCAAUAAGGCGAGCACUUUUUGGUGACGCAGGACUUGUAAGGCAGGCGAUAGAACCAGCCGUGUGGGAAAGCCUUUUGAAUUUCUUUCCGGAAUACUUGUCGAACGGCAGCUCUGACUGGGAUUACAAUGAGCUGCAGCAGCAUCUUGGGACGCCAGAUGUCGCCGCGGUGAGGAAGAUGUGGGUAGAACAAUGGCAGGACGUGCUAUCGAGCUACACGGAUGAAGUCUGGGGAGAUCUCGGUGCCUUGGUGAGAGAAGCGAGGGAAGAGGUUCAGUCGCUUUCAGAGCAACAGCAAGGAAUGGUGCCGUCGGAAAUGAAGGCGCUGCGAAGACUGAGACAGGUUCUGGCUCAUAUACGGGGUAGUUAAGAGGUGAACCAAUACUUUUGCUGGGAUUAGUAACACCAAUUCGUGUGCAGUAGUGAUACCCAGGAAGUGGUUACAAGGUAAUCCAGCUCAAUGGUACAUGGUUGAAUCUUCUGAAGCCACGAUGAUUUUGAAACUUCCU